AGAUCAAUGCCCUCGGUCACGUCUUGUGCUGUUGAGCGAGAUCCAAAUCCACUCUCUCCUUUGGUACCCCACAGAGGGAAGCUCUGGAAGAAACAGACACGAAAACAUUAGCUGGGCCUGUCACGGGGUUCCCUGGUUGGGUCACGAGAUUGUCUCUUUGGAGAUAGCAUGGUCGGCAAACUAUGGAAAACUCUCAUACUAUGGAAAAGCUAUGGAUGCGAGGACGGCUUUUAAGGACGCUCUUACAAAGGACGCGUUGGAUUUCCCUGGGAAGCUCGAGGAGGUCGACUAUUUGGACGUGUGGUUUUACUACCCGUCCUGGGAUGAAGUGUUGCAGUACACGGCCCCCCGCGACAUGAUAGUGGUGAGGGCGCACUAUGCGCAGGGGUUCUUCAAGCUGGUGAUCCGGGCGCCGUAUGGAAUGGGCAUGGUUGCGACGCUGAUCAAAGCCAAGAUCAGGGAAGUGGCGGUGGUCGAAAAGUCGUGUUACGUGCACGAGAAAGUGGACGAGGUCCCUAGCUUCGCUCUGUUUGCCAACAAGUAUAAAGCUCAGGGCUAUGAAAAGGUGACCCAAAUCUGGGGCACUCAGGAGAAGGUGACGAAAAUCAGGGACGACGACACACACGAGGAUGAUUAUGUGUUGAUCGAUGAUUUUGUGUUUUAGUAUAAGUCGAGAAAUUAAACUACGAGUUGGUGCA